AUGACAUCCUGGUCCGAGAAGAAGUCGCGAAAUCGCACCCUGCAGAUUCUCCAGACUGCAACCGAAGGCAAAUAUGGAGUUCUUGGCGCUGUCGCGUAUAACAUUGAGCAUCUGACUGCCUACGUAAGGGCAGCGGAAGCCAAGAAGUCGCCGAUGCUCAUCCUCCUUUUUCCCUCAACGGUUAAGCAGCUUCCAACUCUGCCAUGGGCUGUCGCCGCAGCCAUCAAGUCAGCCAAGGUCCCCAUUGCGCUGCAUCUCGAUCACGCCCAAGAUGAGGAGGACAUCCGGGAAAUCGCAGCGACAAUGCCGUUCGACUCCAUCAUGGUGGACAUGAGUCACUACGAUCACGAGGAGAAUCUUGCCAAGACCAAGGUGCUAACCAGGGUCUGCCACGACCACGGCAUCGCCGUGGAGGCCGAGAGCGGUCGUAUCAAUGGUGGUGAGGAUGGUAUCGCAGAUACCGGAGACUUGGAGGCUCUGUUUACAACCCCGGAGGAGGUUGAGGACUUCAUCGGCGCCGAGAUCGACCUCCUGGCGCCUAGCAUCGGCAACAUCCACGGGGGCUAUGGCCCCAAGGGCCCUGAGCUGGACUACGAACGGCUGGUGAACAUCAAUAAGCAGGUCAACAGCCGGGUCUUGAUGGCGUUACACGGCACCAAUGGCUUCAGUGCGGAUAUUAUGAAGCGAUGCAUCGACAAUGGCGCCAUCAAACUGAACGUGAACAAGCUACUACUCGAGGUCUGGAACACCCACCUACAGGAGAACGUCAAUAAGCCGUUUUCGCAAUUGAUGGAAGACGGUAUGAACAUUCUGCAGGAGGAAGUUGAGCGGUGGAUCGACAUCUGUGGAAGUGCUGGAAAAGCUUAA